AGAUGAAAGAUAAAAAUUAGGUUCACCAAAGUCCAACCUAAACAAUUCCUAAGGUCGUCUCGUCUUUGUCAAAUCGCCACAUCUCACGCUAAACCAAUUGAGAAAAUUAGUGCCUUCGACGCCAUGUGUGCAGAGAUUAUGGGAAAGAAAGUCACCGCUGCUUCUUAUGUCUACCGCUCUGAACGCAAUUCUGCUUCUUCCGGCAGCGGUCAAAACGCGUCUUUGUCGCUCAAGAAAGAUGAAAAAGCUUCCAAGAACAUGGAUUUACCUACCAAGACACCGAGGUUUGCUCUUGAGCUUGAUGGACUUAAUUGCUUCGAGACUAUAGUUCGUUCUUGAUCAAUAUCAAGAUUACGAAUUUUUUGCUGA